GGCGGUGUGCAACAAUGGACGCAUCUGCUUGGGUGCUGCCAUUAUAACAAUGUAAAUUAUAACAGCUCCAUAGAUUUGCAGGACAUGACGGGUUGUGAGCAGGGUUGAUGUUUUGCUUUUAAUGUUGAGGGGUUUUCUUUUAGAAAGACAAUGUGCAGCCUUCGAUGUUACGGAACGCCGGAUUUGAGAUUCGGACGGAGGGAAUGCAUAUCUAUUCACGUGGGCCAGGCUGGGGUACAGAUGGGCAAUGCAUGCUGGGAACUUUACUGUCUGGAGCACGGAAUUCACCCAAAUGGUCACUUGAUCUGUGACAAGCCAAACAUGGUGGACAAUGGCGACGAAUCUUACAACACGUUCUUCAGCGAAACCAGCGCUGGGAAGCACGUGCCCCGGGCUAUUUAUGUGGACCUGGAGCCGAGCGUUGUGGAUGAAGUGCGCUGCAGCAACUAUAAACAGUUGUUUCACCCGGAACAGCUGAUCAGCGGGAAGGAGGACGCGGCCAACAACUACGCACGGGGCCAUUACACGGUCGGCAAAGAGAUAGUCGACCUAGUGCUGGACAGGAUCCGGAAACUGGCUGAUCCAUGCACAGGUCUCCAGGGAUUUCUCGUCUUCCAUAGCUUUGGGGGCGGAACCGGAAGUGGAUUUUCGUCUUUACUGAUGGAGAGGCUUUCGGUUGAUUAUGGAAAGAAAUCUAAACUUGAGUUUGCCGUAUAUCCAGCCCCACAGAUUUCAACUGCUGUUGUGGAGCCUUACAAUUCUAUACUGACCACCCACACGACAUUGGAACAUUCCGAUUGCGCGUUCAUGGUCGAUAACGAGGCUAUCUAUGACAUCUGUAGAAGAAAUCUUGACAUCGAAAGACCUUCCUACAAAAAUCUAAAUCGGCUGAUUGGUCAAAUUGUGUCUUCUAUUACUGCUUCCCUUCGAUUCGAUGGAGCCCUAAACGUAGAUUUGACCGAAUUUCAAACUAAUUUGGUGCCGUAUCCCAGGAUACAUUUUCCAUUAGUUACAUACGCUCCAAUUAUUUCAGCUGAAAAGGCAUACCAUGAGCAAAUGUCAGUACAAGAAAUCACCAACGCCUGUUUCGAACCCAGUAACCAGAUGGUCAAGUGUGAUCCGCGCCACGGUAAAUACAUGGCCUGCUGCAUGCUAUACCGUGGUGACGUGGUUCCCAAGGAUGUCAACGCUGCCAUAGCAACCAUUAAAACCAAACGGUCCAUAGAGUUUGUAGACUGGUGUCCAACUGGAUUCAAAGUGGGCAUCAACUACCAACCCCCAACGAUCGUUCCAGGUGAUGACCUCGCACAAGUCCAGAGGGCCGUGUGUAUGCUGAGUAAUACUACCGCCAUAGCCGAGGCCUGGUCAAGGUUAGACCACAAGUUUGACCUGAUGUACUCAAAACGUGCCUUUGUCCACUGGUAUGUCGGCGAAGGUAUGGAGGAGGGUGAGUUCGCUGAAGCCCGCGAGGAUCUGGCGGCCCUGGAACAUGACUAUGAGGAAGUGGGUCUGGAUUCCGUAGAAAACGGCAACGAGGAAGACGACACGGAGGAAUAUUAAACGUGCAGAUGACGAGGAUUUCAUCGAUUGCGUGUCCUGUUACGGACUAUAAAUAGCUUAAUGUGCGUAGAGAUAAAAGACAAGAAGCCUUAAACAGCUCAAUGUGUUUUGCAUUCCGAUGCUGAAUUGAUGUCCGCCCCCUGUGUUUGUAAUCGUGGAAUUCCCAUUCUUUAUUUAUUGCUAUUAUUAUUUUUUUAUGUUUAUUUUGAAUAUUUAUUAUUAUCAUUAUUUCAAUUUUCUGUUCAUGUGCUAGUUAUUUAACUUUUUUGUAUAAAUAGCUUUUAUUUUAAUUUGAUGCUGUGCAUUAUCCAACUUAUAAUUUUACUGUAAUUUUGAUUUUUAACUUUUUUUUACAUUUUAUUUUUCCUUUCAUAGGCAACUUUAUAACAAAGAUGGUUUCAUAAUCAUUUGUGAAAUAAAACAAACGUUUGUGCAAUGUUGAAAUAAGGAUGUACACGA